AUGAUCACCUCUAAUCUCCUAUGUUCAUUUGUACUGGUAACUCUGUUCCAUUUUUCGGGUAAGAUCCCGUCUUUGUUCGCUAAGAUCUUUUAGAAUCCUGCUCUUCGGCUCUCAGACUAGCCCAACUCAGAUCGAAUCAGCUGGUCGGCCAGGAAGAUGAGAGCGAAAUUACGAGUAGAGCGACAAGGAUGUCUUUACCAAAUGCUAAUAAUUUUAUGCAAAAUGGGGAUGCGCCGGUCACGAACGUAAAUGGGAAUGCCCUUUCUGAUCCGAAGGACCAAUCCACAUUGAAUUGCACUAGUUUUGGAAUGGAAUGCGCGUGGAAAACGAGUGAUAACAGCUCUUUGCCAUGGUAUCAGAGUGAACUCCCGAUCGAAGCAGUUGUUUUACAAGUUGCCACUGGCACUAGUAUUCCUCCAAGUAAGUAAAACACUAGAAAAUGUUAUCAGAACAAAAGAUUUUUGUGUUUCAAGUAGUUUUUGUUUGGUGUUACGUUUUCAUGACAUAAAAAACAUUGCUUUAGAUGGAUCGUAUGCCAUAGCGUUGACGGAAGAUCCAUUGGACCCGAAGGCAAGGGCCGUUUUGGAGAGCUCCGUGAUUCCGUGCCAGGAAGGACCGGGGCAUUUGUUGUUGAAGUAAGUUGGUCUUGUUUUUUCUUUUAUCAAUCGAUGUUGAGUCAUCUUCAUGCAGCAGAAGAGUGUUAAAGAAGGCGCCGCAUUUUUUUAAAUUUUUGUGUGCGUGAUCCGUGAUUCCUGUGGGCCAAGUAUUCCUUAAAAUUUUAGUUUACGGUUUACUACGAGCCCGGUGAGAUACUCGAACAAUUUUUGCAAUUGAAAACGUAUAAAAAUGAGGAGACUGCCAGAGAAAAGCAUUUUUCGGCGGUGACUUUACGCAAGGUAAUAAUGGUUGAUGUUUUUUGAAAAAUUUGUAUCCACAAGACUCCAUUUCCAAGAAGUGAAAGUCGCACUUUUGCGUAGAAUUAUGUAAUUUCCCUUCUAGUUAUUGGAGUUCCUCUUUGGUGAGGGUCAAUUUCUGCACGAUGAUACUGGGUGACAACAGCUUCUAUUUCUGCACGACGAUGUUAUCCGAAAGUGAACCAGGUCCCGUCUAUUUGUCGAUCCCAGAUCACAACGGAAGGCCGUUUAAGGUAGUGUUUACUUCGUUUUUGAAAACCCUUUCUCAAUAACUAAUGUUGUAUUUUAGAUGUACAUAAUCGCUGACAACUUUGUCCACAACAGUCCCGAUUAUUCUGGAGGCUUUGUGAUAGUAGAUGACAUCAGUUAUAUCGGGACUUCCUGCAGCGACAGCCCGCAACUUUUACAAACAAGUUCGACAACCAACGCUCAGAUCACUCUCCCCUCUGCCAUUUUACUACCCACAACUCCAAAUGCAGGUUCGACAUAACGCUGUAGGAAUCUAACACUACUAAUCUGAAUUUAUUUUGCGAUAUUACUGUAUAAGUUGAUUCACUAAUAACUCACUAACUUAUUCGUUGUUGUUCAGUAUAAAUGUUACUAAUUUAUUUGAAGGAAUAAACUUUCAACCACCCGGGAAUACGGGCCACUCUACAGUAUACCAAGCGAGUUCUCCGGAAGGAGCGACGGGAUUACAAGAAGAAAUUUUGAGCAGUAGCGGAAGUUACAGUAAUGAUGAGAACACUUUGUAUCCCACGAUGAAUUUGGAAGAGGUUACAACCACUUUGGAGGAAGAUCUGACUACUGUGACAUCCGAAGAAACGACUAAUUUUGUUAUUACUAUUUCGGAAUCUACUACAAUCUCCACUGAACCGCCUAUAGUUGAAAGUCAAGAAGGAAAUAGCCAAAGCACAUCAGAUCAAGUCGAGACAGGCACCCUGGAAGACGAAGGGGCUUCUGAUAUCGCUGAAACAGACGAAGAGAUCUCAACCUUCUCCCCAUCUCUCAUUUUUAUUUUACCGUGGGAUGUAACGUCGAAACGGCCGAAGGCAAAAGAGACAAAUGAACAGCCAGAUAAUCCGGGAGUUCCGCUCUCUACCCCUCAGGCAGUCGAGACUGAAAAAGAGCCAUUUACCCAGAACUAUCCAUUCUUCACUGGACGGGCAACAGAUCAGACGGAAGAGGAGGAAAUCGACGGGAAUGAUGUCACUCCCAGUAUGGGUGGCGAGGAGUUGUUUACAAAAAGAGUACCCAUGGUUCCGUUUUAUCAGCGAUUGUUUAAUGGGAGCUCAAUUGAAAGUAAGUUGUGGAAAUAAAUAUUUAUAUUGCUAUAUCCUCAUCUUUUAGAAAGCGUAAUAUCAUCGUCAGAGGCUUUCCAAUUGGCAACAUCGACACCAUAUUGGUAUCAGUUUACCCCACCAGUUCCUUUUCGACCUACCAACCCAAUAAAUAACCUACCAAAUGACGAGAGUUUACUCUCGAUGACAUCGUCGACAAAUAUCAUGGUAAAUCCGUAUUUUACAUCCACUCCGGCCGCUAUCUUCAGUCAACAACCUCAACCUCCUUCAGUACCAUUCACUAGACCUCAAUUUCCAUUUUCUCAACAAGAGACUACAGUAAGCCCCCUUUUUCCAUGGUUAACAUCAUCAGCUCCCAUGACUUUAUUUCCUGGCCAAGAUCUCAGCUUUUUUACAACGCCAAGGCCAAUAGCGACAAGCUUGUGGACGUUGUUCCCGAAUCAGCCUACAAUUACAUUUCCAACCCCAUUCUCAUUACUUCCGGGCACCAGGAGGAUAUUAAUUGAGGGCAAUCCCCGGGGGAAGCUUUGAUACUUUAAGGAAAUUCCGAGUUUAUUAUCCCAAUUUAUGGGCUCUAGUCUCCAUUGUAUAACUUUUUAAGACAGGCUGACCUCUUUUUGUGAUCUAUGGGUCAACUUAGGAUCUGAGGUCAAAAAUUAUAUUGUCCAUUAUGAAUGCGACCAAAUGCAUGUGUAAUUUUUAUUUUUUUCCGGUGAAAAAGAUGAUCAAGUGCUUUUAAAUUGUAAAUACUUGUUUGGUUCUCCGUUUUGUACAUUUUGUUCGAAUAAAUCACCAAAGAUCUCCUUCGAAACGCCUCUUUUUGGGAUUAAAUUGACCACUUGUAACUGCGUAAUCCUCGAAGGUUAGCGUAUAAACCGCAAUAUCCUCCUGGAUGUUUCGGUUCUACCGGUUUGCUCGGCGCCAUAAUUAAAGUUUUUGCUCGGGCGGAUCGCGGUAAUUACUCUGUUUUGAUUCAUUGUAUAGUCUUCGGAUGUUUCGUGGUUUCUCCCGGAGGUUCACGGUAAUUCUGGAGGGUUCAGAUGAAGGUGGAAGUGAUUCGUAAUGUGAAUCGAGUAGAGUGAAGGUCAAGUCGACUUCUGGAUUUUACUUUUAAAAAUUUUAAUUUUUAUUUUGGGGUAUUACAAUAGGAGGGUUGCGUGAGUACUCCAUCUGGUGCACCGUGCAAUUCUUGAAAGUCGAAGAUUUUGCUUUGCCGUUAUUCAGGCUCUCGUCGCACGAAAUGUUCUGUUGUUCCCCCAUUACUCAUUUUUAGCUCUAAAUUUGUGUUAAAUCCACUGCCCUUCCCUUCGUUCCUCUUUUUACAAUACACUCCCUCAUCCAUAGCACGUUUCAUAUUCUGCCUUCUUGCAGCCUCGGGGCAUUUAUUGUGGAUGUUUAAAGUCGUUCGGAUUUGGUUCGGAAAUCGGCUUGACAAUGGCGCGGAUACUUGUGUUCGCCCUCCACUUGGGUGUGAACUCGCUUUCCCCCUUUCUCCCCCCUCUCCGCCGGUUUCCGGUCACUCAUUCAACGAUCCGAUGGACCCAAACAAGGGCGCAAUUUUUCGAAAAAAGGGAGGGUUCCCGGGACAGUCUAUAAUUGGUAGUGCCGCCAAUCAGGGAGGCGAAGAGUCGGGCCAUAAAAAGUUGACGGCUUAUGAACUCGGAUCUGCUGUUUGGGGGAGGAAAGGUCAGGCCUUUGUUUGCGGGCAGUUCUGGAUCUGUCGGGUUAUUUAUUGGGCUGUGAAGCUGGGUAAUUGAGACUUUUUGGCAAGUAAAAAUGUAAGACUGGCAGCGUGGACCAUUUUUUUGUGAUCCACACUUUACAUUGAAUUUUCUCGAUAUGAUAAGCCAGACUUACUUGAAGUAUAUUUGUACUCUAUAGAAAUCUUAACGGCAUAAGUGACAAAAUGGAAUUUUGUCAUCUCUCCUCCGCGCGUAACACUUGACUCAUUCCGUCCCUGAUCCCCAAAUCUGAUCAAAUCAUGUCAUAGCCCAGAUGCUCCUCCCUAAAAAAGGAGAUUCCCUUGGCUGAUUCUGAAAAGAUUAUUCCUCUUUGAAUCUUUUUUGCAUCUCCCAGUACAAUUCCUCUUCUCAGAUCGCGAUUCUGUUUAUCCUCGCAAAGUCAGAGGGCGAUAUUGUUAAUCCAAGAUUAUCGUCCCGCAUUCCCUCAACCUUAAAGAAAUUCAGGGUCAGCCGAGGGCGGUGUAAAUAGGGGUGCCUGCGGUCGGGGAGAGUCAUUACCGUUCCGAGAAGUCCUUCGAAAUCCCCUCUUCCUUUUUUGGUGUUUUUUGGGAAUAUGAAAAAAUAAUUAUUUUCCGCCCAGCACUUUCCGCGCGGAUUACCGGAAUCACUCCUUAGGGUCUCUUCAUGAAGAAGAAAGUUUUUUGAUCCAAUUUCGCGCAUUUUUUUGGGCAUUCAGAUACUUAUUCUGGAGGUUAAAGAGGAAAAAAGGAGGCCGGAUGUACGAAAAUCCGGAAUUUCUGGAUUUGCGGGAGCUUUGAAGGACGUAGGAUCAUGUUUAAGAGGGUAUGGAACAGCCGGACCACUAUUGAAGGCAUGGACUUUAAAGAGCACCAGUUUUUAUGAUGCGAUUCUUUAAAAUACGCUAGCGUAAUUUUCUGUGUCCAAAUUUAUGUAGAAAUGGAACCGCGUUAUGCAGAUUUUGAUCAAAUUUCACGUAUUUACUAUACACAGGCCACUAUUCACUAACUUAACUCAAGUUUUGCAAAAACAAAUUUAACGAUGUUUUGGAAAGAGAGGGAGAGACCACGGAAAAUGAAGAGUUAGUCAGAGAAAAAAAAUUUGUGCGUUUCGAUAGGAGAAAUUUUUUUUGAUUGAAGACUAUAUUUAUACCGUAAAUGUUUCAAACCGAAAAUUGCAAAAAUUCAAAUUCUUUACCAACGUGCAACCAAAACAUGUUGACGAUUUCUGCAACAGCGAUUUCUGCGUCAAGAAAUUUUACUUUUCGAAAUACACUGAUCCCCAUAAACUCAUCCCGCGAUUUUAUUUGUUACAAUUAUUUUUCCGCUUUUCCAAAUUGAAAAUUUGCAAUUCCCAGGACCUCGCCCUUCUUGAUGUUGGAUAUUCGAUGGUGGAUCGUGUAACCCUCUUCUUGUAUUUACUUUUGUUCCUCACAUUUUGUUCUGCGGAGAACCCUAAGAUACAAAGUAAGUAUAAUUUAUACGCUUUUUAUUUUAAUUUUGAUGACUAACGAAACAUCCUAUUUCAAGUAAUUCCCAAAUGCGAUUAUGACAAAGUGCUGGUCCAGAUAGUUUUUGCCAAAGAAUAUCAGCCCGACGGGCAGUUUUUUGAUUGGAUUAUAGUUGGGGAGACCGGGAAAAGUGAGUGUCGGCGGAAGGGAAAUGGAGAACUGAAAUACGUGGUCGAAUUAUCGGUAGUCGCGGAUACUUGUGGCACCAAAUUGGUAAGAUUUUUUUUUUGAAAAAUUUUGGCUAACCAUAAGAUGAGGUAGUUUUUUAUUUUGACGUUUUUCGGCAAAUUUAGGGAUUUUUAUUUUUUCUAAAAUACAGUUUUCGAUGAAUCAUCCUUGUGCAUUUUUUAGACGACAAAUGGUAUCUUCCAAAACUCGAUCCGCAUUGCUCAAUUCCCGGGUCUCAUUCUCCAAGAUGACUCCAAUUUUACAUUCAGAUGUGUCCUCGGAUUGCCGGAGGUCGAGGAGUUUAAAUUGCCUCAGGUCAAUCCCACUUUUGAUGUCAAGAAAAAGUAGGUUUACUAUUGAUUCUAGUCAAAAUCGCCUUUUUUCUCUGGCCGUCUCUCCCAAUUUCUGAAUAGAGCAAACACUCAGAUUUUGAAGAAACCCUUCGAUAUUCCCCCUCGAAAUCUCAUCUUUUUUACCUUGUACUCAUGUUCAAUACAACUUUUAAAAAAUCUUUGUGCCUAUAAUAAAUUUAAAAUUCUUUUAGCCUCAUAACGGAUGGGAAUCCUCCCCCGGCCAUUCCCACCGAUCCCGUCCGUCCCUCCAUCUUCGAUCCCAUCUCUAACCCCUCCGAAAAUCACAACUCCCUCUUCAAUAACAACCCCCCUGUGAAUACAAAUCCCUCUGUCGAUGUGGAAGUUGAUGACAGUCGUCAGGCGAAGAUGGCCAAGGCCUCCAACAAUUUGUUGGGCAUUCUUCUUGUCGCAUUUGUCAUCUUAAUUGUCGCAGUAUUCAUUCUGAUACUGUACAUUUGCUUAACGCAAUAUCAACGGAAGAAACAAAGCGAUGGAGGGAGACUGAACAUGGACACGGCUACUCCCACUACUGCUUCGCCGGGUAAUUAGUUUCUUUGUCAUUCUUUUGUUUUCGGAGUACGGUAAAUUACGAGUUUAUUUACCUUAAAAUAAGUGUUGAUAUUUGUCUAAUUUCGAAUUUCGUGAUUUUAGGAGUGACAAAUCAAGACGAAGAUGGUCCUUGGUGGAGUGCCAAGUCCUCAGGGCAUGCAAAUUACUUGCUUGGGCCAAACUUCCGGCAGAACAAAGUUUUUGAGUGAGUUUAUUAAAAAUUUUUUAUCAAAACAUCUAGUACAAUAUAAUUGACAACAUUUGUAUUUCUACGACAAUAAAAACCCCUUGUUUCCCGCCAAAUUAACGGUCAACAAAGUUAUGAUCACAAUUAGCGAUCGCUAUUUACGCCUAUGUUAGCGACACACAACAAAAACUUUCAUCCAGAAAUGGCUUCCCGACCCACAAUAAUUACUAUAAUUACUGCCCUUUAAAGGUCGAACAAGCGGAUUCCAGCGCCCCGACCCGAGCCGUCGCAUCCCAGGGUAUCCUCCACCUAUGCCGAGGAUGAGACGGAGAGAGCGGUAGAUGUUUUGGGCCUACCGGGACAUCGGCCGAACGAAGUUUUUAGUGAGGCCUUCAGAAGAAAUGGAAAUAACAGUGCGGCGACUAGCCAAGUGGAUGAAACUGAUACUUUGAGGACACCUCAGAGCUAUGCAGAGUGGAGGGAAAAAGUUUUAAGGUAUGAAAGUUAGAUUUGUACCAGAAUACCGGCCUUUUGAGAUUAUGUCAUCAAAAACCAAGUAUAAUAUAAUUUCAGAGGAAAAACCGGGAAUAAAUCUCAGGAAACAAUAGACAGAAAGAGGGAUGAGGAUGAGAAUGAGCUGGCUGAAGGAUGCUUAACACCGGUCCGGUCCAUAACUGAGAUUUAUCGAUCGGCCGAGACCAGGUUACAAAAAUUAAUGGCAAAUCAAGGUGGAGACAACCGAUCGGAGAGCUCGAUAGAAGGUAUUCAACUUUGGAGAGCCAACACAGAAUUAAUUGCCUAUUAAAAUUAAAGAUGAUCUAUUUUUAGGUGAAUAUUCGAUUCCCAUCCAACAAAUGCCCAUGGACAAAAAAUCAGCUGAUCUCCUAGGCCAUUCUGUUGAUCAGAUCCGAGGAUUUGGCGCAAGGAAGUUGACUGAACAAGAAAUUUGUAGGUCUCAAGUUUGGCGGAGUUUACUCGCGCUCAAUCCUAAUAUUUUUACUCAUAGAAUUACCUUUCAGCCAGAUGGCGUCAAUUAAUAACCACAGAUACUCAAUUACAAACCCAUGUGAUGAAUGCCAAGUCCCUUGAAGACCUGAGGGCAAUCAGCGAGCUGGCUGAUUAUCGACUAUUCUUCACGCGAACCAAGUGGACCCAGAUUAUGGAUUGUGUUUAUGACACAUUAAAAGAGCCCGAUAAAGCGACAAUAAACAGGACUCUGAGGAAGAAGAGUGCGGCCGACCACGACGGGGAACGGCCCAAACCCGUGUAUCAUCGGACCUUGAACCAUUGGUGAGGAAUGAUCGGUCUGCCGUCUCGUCGUGAUUUAUACGAUAAAUUUGACCUAAAAAUAUUAGAGUAUAAUGAGCCCUCGAUUUCCUGUACAAACCCCAUUGCCAUCGGCUUAUCAGCUGUUAUUUGCAUAAUCUUCCCUCAAUUUGUUUGUAAAUAAUAUUAGAGAAAAUAAAUAUUAUUCCAGACCACAACGAUGGAGCAUUUUUAAUAAUCCUGAUGGUCGCAUUGAGAUCGAGGAAUGUUGUCGUGAUUUGGAGACUGCGAUUACUUCCUGGUAAACCGUGUUUUGUCAUUAUAUUACUGUAAGAUUACAAACUAACCAUGAGAAACCCGAUUUUUUUAACUGCUGGCUUGUUUUUUAUUGAUAAAGACUGAAUUGUCAUCAGCGUAUGAAAGUGGUCAUUUCACCCCGAUAAAAAAAUAAAACUGGGAUCUGCAUUUGAUCAGAGAUCACUUUAGAGUACACUCAUCAUUCCAGAUGGUACACUCAAACAUUUUUUAGUUAACAAAUAAGUUUAUUUUAGUUCGCCUAGUGUAAUAUAGUCGGCACUCUCUGAACAAGCGCUCCAACGCUCUCCGAACCCGGGAUAAAGAGCUCAAAGUCCCUGGCUUUUUUGCAGCCCGAUCUCCUUUGUCCAUCAUUCGUCGCGACCUUUUCCUUGGCAAAAGUCACCAUUUCUGAUCGUAAUGGGUCUUUUUUGUCCGUUUAAUCUAAUGUUUUCUCUUGGGAGCCUUAUGAUUCGGAAUCUUCCCUGUCUUAAAUUUGUCACCUGCAAAUUCCGCGGCGAUUUUUUGUCAAUGAAGACCUGAUUCGAUCAGACGUUGGCGGGUUCGGGGUUCCCAAAUAAGGGUUUCGGACUCCACUCCCUUUAUUUACACUUUUUCUUACUGCUGGCAUCAUUUACAGUCCUUUUUACACUUUAAGAGCCAUUUCUUAAAUUAUUUUAUCUUUUUUGAUGAUUUUCAACAUUAUUUUAGAGAAAUAAUGAUGAAACUUUUCAUGAAUCAGCUCGUUCCUAAAACUCCUUCAGCUUUCGCGUCGCUUAGACAUGCAAAAAAUUUUAUUUUUACAACUCUCUUUAUUUUUUUCCGCUUUUAAUUGAUCAAUUUUGAACGGAAACUUCAAAAACUUUUAUUUUACCCACUGUAAUUGAUGAUUUCAGAGCAGGAAUUUCAGAACCCCUCUUAAAAUGGCAGUCUCGUGCUAACAUUUUUAACACGACGGUUUUACAAUCAUCAAUCACCCUUUUCCUGUCAGGUGUAAUAUAUUUUACGUUCUUUCGAACUCUUAACUCCAUUUUAUGUUUAUUUACAGUGUUUCUUCCACAAAUUAGCUGGUCAGAGAGGGCGAUGACAGUUCUUUGGAGGUCGCGAGUUAAACUUUCGCUGUUUUAUGUUAUUUUUUGCCUCCAUCGGACAGCUGAUAUUGGAUACCUCCAAAAAACUAUCGAAUUUCACUGAUAUCUAAGGGAGAUUGGUAAAUUUAACAGACUUUUGGUGAUAAGUGGAUCCAGUUUCCUCGAACCGUCUAAAAAACAUAUUUUAAUUAGGUCAUGAUGACAUAUUUUCUGGACAUUUUCAAAAAUCUAGAAAUAAUUUUUUGUUCUAAAAACAACGUUUUCUUGAUUAUUCUCGAGUGUCUGGUCAUCCCCAUCACGAGUAAGUCACGUUUUAUCCCUCAAUUACUCUUUUCCCCUCAAAUCCCGUCCUUUUCCAUCUGAUUUUACCCUUUUAUCUAUCGAUCACCCCUCCCAGACGACUGCCUCACCGUUUUUUCGAUUCGAACGGAGGGAAUCCGCGAAAGAUAAUUGCUCGAGAAGAGUUAUCACUCCUCCCAGAACAGUGUUUGGAGCGAUAUUCGAUAUAAUCUUUGCGUGCGGGCGUAUUAAGCUCGAUUUCUUGCGAUUUUAGGUAUCAAUUCUCAUGGAUAAUAUAAUUUUGAUGUGAUUUCAGCCAGCCCAAGGUAAUCCUCAAUGACAGUUCAGUAAAUUAGCUCGAUCCCCUCCAAUUCGUCUUCUAAUGCUUCAUUGUGGCCUUCUUUCCGCCUAUCUCUGGUCCGAGUUUAUUAUUUUUGCCUCGACCACUUUGGUAAUUCUCUUCGGAUACAGCUGGGGAUCGUUGCCGCAUCGCUAUCUGAAUGCUGUCCGCAAGAUUCAAGAUGCCUUUUACAAUGUAAGCACUUCCGUUUGUAAUUUUCAUCCCUUUAAAGUAGUAAUUACAUUAUAAUUGACAGGAAUUGUCGAACUCUGCUCUCUUUUUCGGAACUUUUAGGUGAUAUUUUUACUGCAGAUUAACUAGUCAAAAACAUACUUAGAAACUAAUCUCCUUCACAUGGAAUCAGUAUCAAAAUUAGAUAAGAGACGCCGGGUGAAGACAGGCCGAAACUAAACUGUUUAAUUCCUCAGUAAUUUAAGCAACAAAAGUCAUUAGAGAGAGUUUAAGAUUGUACUUUGAAAUGGCUUGGAAAACGGCUGAAAAACACAUGUCUUUUAUACUUUGUUUUACUCGGUCAUCAUGGAUAAUAUCAUCGAAAAGAUGAUGAUUUUUACCCAAAACUUACUUGCUGAUUUGUUGAGAACAAGUAGUUAAGAUGUGCAUGCCUCAAAUUUCAGGUCUAUCCACAAGAAUUAUGGGAGACGGAUCCUUGGGAGGACAUGAUUGAUACGGCUUCGCUCAGCGGGAUCCUCAAACGCGUCGAAAGUAGAUUCAGCGACUUUGAAAUAGUCAAGGAGAACCCUAAGGACAUAUUCGAUGUCCAAAUGGACCUAACUACGUCUGGGAUUCAAGCUAUUCUUCAAGUAAGAAAAUGGUCCUAACUGUUACCAUGGAUAAUAUCAGAUCUCAGCUGGCGAUUUCAGGAUGAUGUCAGUGACAUGUUUACAUUAAACCCUGAGUUUAAAAAGUAUGAAUUCACGAAGGAAAUGUGGAAUCAUCUGACCAACAAGCCCCAUCUUCAAGUUCUUUACAUUGGAUCCAUUGCCUUCAGAAUUGGAAUCAUCUUCCCGGUUCGGCUGGCUCUCUAUCUGACCUCAUUCCUCUACGUUUCGAUCUGUUGUAUCUUGGCGUUUCUUGUCAACCUCUCCAGCCAACAGAAGACCUCUAUAGCCGUGACUUAUUGUAGAUUGUACACGGCGGGAACAGGUCUCGUUGCCAGAUAUCAUAAUGUCCAGCACCGACCAGCUCGGCCUGGAGUCGCUGUGUCCAAUCAUCUCUCUCCCAAUGAUAUUCAAAUCAUAUGUGCGGACGUUCCGUCUGAUCGAGACCAUUUGUAUAUAGUUACCGGGCAAAAACAUACCGGUAUUAUCUGGGCGAUUGAAAGAUUGGUCGAAAGAUUAUGUCCGUCGAUGUGGCUCGAAAGAACUAAUCCUGAGGAGAGACUAAAAUUCCAACAGGAAGUGUUGAGAGUAGCUAGAGUAAGUUUAAAAUCUAAAAAGACGAAGUAGUUCGAUUUAUGCUAGAUAUUAAUAAACUGAUUUUAGUCAUCAGGUCCGGUACUCAUAUUUCCCGAAGGUUAUUGCACAAACAACACCAAGGUCCUUCAGUUCCGAAAAGCAGUGUUUGGAGAGAAUGUUCAGGUCCAUCCUAUAGCCAUAAAGUAAGUGCAAGAUUGAAUAAAAUUAAUAUUAUUUUAGACAAGAUGCCAGAUUUGGGGAAUCCUUCUGGUGUGAGAACAACUUUGUAUUCUACCUUCUUCGGCUUCUGACUUCUUGGGCCACAGUCUAUGACGUCACCUAUCUCCCGGCCCAAACUCGGGCAUCCGGAGAAACGGCCGAAGAAUUUGCGGCCAGAAUCCAGCGAUUAAUCGCCGAGGCCAUUGAUGUCCCAGCCUCUCCUUACGAUGGCGGAGUCUACUACAAAAAACACAUGAGAGAGAAAUAUAAGGUCUUGGUUCAAGAGCGUUGCGCCCAUGAACUUGCAGCCAAUUCCCUCAGCUCCUCCCCAGAGCCAUAUCUCUCCUCUGGAUGCGAUGAAAGAUACGGAGUUGACAUCAAAUAA